AUGUAUUCAAAUGCUAGAUCAGAUACUUUGUUCUUGGGAGCUCAAAAAGUAAGUGGGGAUGAUGUAAGAAAUCAAACAGUAUUAGCUUCACAAACAGUUGCUAAUGUAGUUAAAUCUUCAUUAGGACCAGUAGGAUUAGAUAAAAUGUUAGUUGAUGAUAUUGGAGAUGUUACAGUUACAAAUGAUGGAGCUACUAUAUUGUCAUUAUUAGAUGUUCAACAUCCAGCUGGUCAGAUCUUAGUGGAAUUGGCUCAACAACAAGAUAGAGAAGUUGGUGAUGGUACAACUUCAGUAGUAUUAAUUGCAGCUGAAUUAUUAAAAAGAGCAAAUGAAUUAGUUAAACAUAAAAUUCAUCCAACUACAAUUAUAACAGGUUAUAGAUUAGCAUUAAGAGAAGCUAUAAGGUAUAUCAAUCAAAUACUUUCACAAAAUGUUGAUACUUUAGGAAAACAAACUUUAAUUAAUAUAGCAAAAACAUCAAUGUCAUCAAAAAUUAUUGGAUCAGAUUCUGAAUUUUUCAGUAAAUUAGUUGUUGAUGCAAUGUUAGCUGUUAAAACUACAAAUACAAAGGGAGAAGUUAAAUAUCCAGUAAAAGCAGUCAAUAUCCUCAAAGCUCAUGGUAAAUCAUCUUUAGAAUCUGUUUUAGUGAAUGGUUAUGCAUUGAAUUGUACAGUUGCAUCACAAGCAAUGGUUAAACUGGUUAAAAAUGCUAAAAUAGCAUGUCUUGAUAUAAAUUUACAAAAAGCAAGAAUGGCAAUGGGAGUACAAAUAAAUAUAGAAGAUCCUGAUCAAUUAGAAGAAAUUAGAAAAAGAGAAUAUGGAAUAAUAAUAGAAAGAAUUCAAAAAAUUUUAGCUAGUGGUGCAAAUGUUAUAUUAACUACAAAAGGUAUAGAUGAUUUAUGUUUAAAGGAAUUUAUUGAAAAUAAUUGUAUGGCAGUCAGACGUUGUAAAAAAGAAGAUUUAAGAAGAAUUGCAAGAGCUACUGGUGCAACUUUAAUAUCAUCAUUAAGUAAUUUAGAAGGUGAUGAAACUUUUGAAUCACUGAAUUUAGGUUAUGCUGAAGAAGUCGUACAAACAAGAAUUAGUGAUGAUGAAUGUAUAUUAAUAAAAGGUACAAAACAACAUUCAUCAAGUUCUAUAAUUUUAAGAGGUCCAAAUGAUUAUUCAUUAGAUGAAAUGCAAAGAUCAAUAAAUGAUUCAUUAUCAGUUGUAAAAAGAACAUUAGAAAGUGGUCAUGUAGUUCCAGGUGGUGGAGCAGUUGAAACUGCUUUAAAUAUAUAUUUAGAAAAUUUCGCAUCAACAGUUGGAAGUAGAGAACAAUUAGCAAUAGCAGAAUUUGGAGCUGCUUUAUUAGUUAUCCCCAAAACAUUAGCAAUGAAUGCAGCAAAAGAUGCUUCUGAUUUAGUAUCAAAAUUAAGAACAUAUCAUGCAGCUGCACAAAUGGCCAAAACAGAUGAUGAAAAAAGGAAAAAAUAUAAAAAUUAUGGUUUAGAUUUAAUUAAUGGUAAAAUUGUUGAUGAAGCAACUGCUGGUGUAUUAGAACCAACUAUAUCAAAAAUAAAAUCUUUAAAAUCUGCUUUAGAAGCUUGUGUUUCUAUUUUAAGAAUUGAUACAAUGAUUGAAGUACAUCCUGAACCUCCAAAAGAAGAUCCUCAUGGUCAUUAA